UGUGGGAGGAGUUAAAGUAAGAUGGCUGCGGGAAAGGGAAGAGUGUUUGAGAAAUCAUCUAGUGGGAUGUUUAUCUGUCGCUAACAGGAUGCACGGCAGCCCGAGAGAAGGAGUGGUUUACUCGUUCGCUUCCCCGGCUCGCUGCGCUGCGCCGCGGCGUCGCUCCGCGCUCGUCUCCGGGCCACUUUGGUUUCAUUUUGUGCUCUGACAUUGUGGGAUUCAUCAGCAGCUCGUCGUUAGCAACACGCCAGAGCUAAGUCACCAGCUAUCCGAGGAAAAACAGCAGCAACUGUUGACGCAAAUAUCUCAGGUAUGCAACACCAAAGCAGAGGGCCCGUCCUGACCGGCUAUGGAGUGGUGUUGGCUUCAGACUGGAUGACAGGGUCUACAGGGAGGACAGGGUCACGCAGUUCGUAAAGCGGCGGCGGCGGCGUUGGCGGCGGCGGCGGGAUUCUCCUGGAUGAACACUGACCGGCUGUGACGGCCCGUUCAGUCGACCUCCUCCUCCUCCUCCUCCUCCUUUUCCUCCUCGUCUUCUUCUUUUCUCCCAUUCUUCUACCACAUUUCUUUCCUAUCUCUCCUCCUUGCCUUCUCCUCCUCCUCUCUGGUCUUUGAGUUGUUGUGUUUUUUUUUUUUUUUUGUGACCUUACACCUGCCUCCCGCCGGGUCCAGUAUGAGCUGGCUGAGCAGGUUCAACCCUCGGGGUCCCGGGAGUCGGUCGGGCCAUAGCUCCGCCCCCUCCAGCCCCUGCACAGCUGACCCGGAGACCUGCCUCAUGGUGUUUGAGAACCACUGGAGACAGGUCUCCUGGGUGUUGGAGCAGCAUGACACUUCAUCCUCCAGCGACGACCUGACAGCGGUGAGAAAUCACACCGACCAGAUGCUGUGUCUGCUGGCGGAGGAGCGGCCGGCCGAGGGCGCGGAGGGCGGCGACAGCGUCCCGCAGAUGGGCCCAAUACUGGAGCUGAUGGUCACCGAGAACAUCCUGGAGCGACUGGUUCAGUGGCACAUCCGCCGCGGCCUGGACCCGGACAGCCAGGGGGCGCUGCUCAAGCUGUUCGAGAUGCUCAUCGGCCAGUCCCAGCAGCCCCUGCUGCAGCACACGGCCCUCCUCCACCCGCUGCUGAGGCUGCUGGGAGCCUGUGCCGACUCGGAGCUCGGCUGCCCUCCUAACCUGGAGAACAGCCUGGUGCUGCUGCUCAACCAGGUCUGCGUGUCCAUGGCCCGCCAGCCGGUGGUUUUGGAGAUGUUGUUCCGGGCGGCGCCAGCGCUGCAGGGCUCCACCAACCUGCUGAUCUUCUCGCUGCUCGUGCCGUUCAUCCACCGGGACGGGGCCAUCGGUCAGCAGGCCCGCGACGCCCUGCUGCUGGUGAUGGCGGCCUCGGCCAGCAACGAGGCGGUGGCACGAUACAUCGCUGAGAACUCCUACUUCUGCCCGGUGUUGGCGACAGGCCUCAGCGCUCUCUACUCCUCCCUCCCGCGGAAAAUCGAGGUCCGGGGGGACGACUGGCACGCCCUGCGGCGGGAGGACUGGAUGGGGGUGUCGUCGCUCGUGCUCUUCAUGAACUCCCUGGAGUUCUGCAACGCUGUGGUGCAGGUGGCUCACCCCCUGGUCCGCUCUCAGCUCCUGGACUACCUCCACAACGGCUUCCUCGUACCCGUCAUGGGCCCGGCCCUGCACAAGUCGGCGGUGGACGAGAUGAUCGCCAGCACCGCCUACCUGGACCUCUUCCUGCGCAGCGUGACGGAAACCUCCCUCCUCAAGACCUUCCUGCGCUUCAUCCUGCUGCAUCGCCAUGACAAUGACACCAUCCUGGACACGCUGCUCACGCGCAUCAGCAGCAAUUCAAGGCUCUGCAUGGUAUCAUUGAGCCUUUUCAGGACUCUUCUGUCCCUGAACUGUGAAGACAUUAUGCUGCAGCUCGUUCUCAGGUAUCUGCUGCCCUGUACUCAUGUAAUGCUGAGUCAGCGUCGUGCUAUCAAAGAGACUGACCUGUAUGGAAAGUCAGCAGACAAGUUCCUGUCCCUGAUCCCGGAGUGCUGCCGGCAGAAUGCGCCGGCUUCUUCUGAGAGGGAUGAGGAUAAUGCAUUCUGGGGAAAAGUAAUCAACAGCCCAAGCACAGAGUCUCCAGCCCCGCACAGACCGAGCACCCCGUCCCGCUUGGCCUUCUUCAUGCGCCAACAGAGCACUGGAUCAGGAGGAGGGGGUCCUUCCACCCCCACCAGCACGGAGCAGAUGCAGUCGGGGCCUUCAAGCACCCACCCUCUGUCCCCCGACAGCCCGAUGCACCAGCAGCAGACCCACACGGACUCCCUGGACUGGGACUCGGGUUACCUGGAGUACCUGAGGGACGCCCGGCGGGGGAUCGAGCUUUGCUCCUGGGCCUGCCGGGAUUGGUCGGCGCCUUACGACGGAGAGAACCCCUCCCCAAACACAGCCCCUAACCCCCCACCUCCCCCUACGUCCAAUCCUUCCAUCGCCAUGUUCCCUGAGCACUUCGGUUUCCAGCAGGGCGCCAACACUCCUCCGGUCCAGCAGAGGGCGGCCAUUGUGGCGGCGGCGCGGUCUGAGUGGAGCAGCUCGGAGCGGGACAGUGGGGAGUGGGACGUCACAAUCGGUAAAAACAACUGCAUCAGCCUAACGCCGCGCUCCAAGAAACGCAGCCUUCAGAGAGAGGAGCUCCUCCCCAAACCCGUCCCCCCUCUCGUCCCUUCCUCGUCGUCUGCCACCCCUUUAUCUGCUUCGCACCCCUCCCCUUCGCCCGCUCCUCACAUCCCCUCCUCCGCCAUCACCGUCAGCUACCAGGCCAUGUACAAUGGAACGACCGGGCAGGGGGAUGGGUGUUCAGACAGUCGCGAUAGAGGGCUGGAGGUUAAGAAAGUGAAGAGGGACUUGGGGGAGCAGCAGUAUUUGGACGAGAACGCCAAUCAAAACGGAUCCCUCGUCCCGUGUCCCUCCCAGAGCUGCGCUGCUCUCCCGCAGUCGAUUUUCAGCAACAGCGACAUGAGCGACGCAAAACCUCUUUGCCCCAACCAGAUCCCCUCUCAGAACUCCGUCGCCCACCAGGCGUCUGACGCCAAACCGCUGACCAGCGACACCUCAAACCCACACGGCACAUCGUCGGAUCCGGCGGAGUCGGACCACGCGCAGCAAUCCGUCGAGCGCCUCAUACAGGAGCUGCUGGAGCAGUCGCCGGGAGACCCGCCGUUGCCCGGAGACGUCAACGGUCAGGGCAUCAGCAUCGAGGCCUUCAAGCAGGAGCUGAGGGAGCUGGAGGACCGAGUGAAGGAGCGCAACAGUGCAAUCUGCCAGCAGGAGGAAGCCGCCAGAGUUUCUCUCUCUGCCGAGCAGCAGGAAGAAGAACAGCUGUCCUCUGCUCUGGAGGCGAAGCUGACGGGCGACGGCAAAGGAGACGGGCCUGCGAUGGGCGUCUGUAGUCCUGCCAGACCUCUUAACCAACCCCCCUGCCAGCCGUACACAGGUCCAUUCAUGGUGGUUCUGUUUGCCAAGCUGGAGAACAUGCUCCAAAACUCUCUGUACGUCAACAUCCUGCUGACUGGCAUCGUGGCCCAGCUGGCCUGCUAUCCUCAGCCGCUCCUACGCUCCUUCCUGCUCAACACCAACAUGGUCUUCCAGCCCAGCGUCAAGUCAUUGAUCCAGGUUCUAGGUUCUGUGAAGAAUCGCAUCGAGGCGUUUGCAGCCUCUCAUGAGGACUUCCCUGCCAUGCUGAGGAAAGCCCAGCAGUACCUGGUGGCCCGAGGCAAAGUGGACUGGACUGACUGUCCUGCAGCAGUUCCACCCCUACGGCGCUCUGAUUCACUGGUGAAGAGUCGUAAGCCAUCCCUCGGAGAUCUAAUCCUUCGCCACGCCAACAGUCCGACUCGGGCCCGGAACGCCGCUCAGCUGGCCUUCGCACACGUACGGGACGGCAGCCAAUCACUGCACAGCGCUCUGUUCCGGGGCGGCGCAGGAGGCGUUUCCGGCCUGGAGAAGCAAGCCGAGGCUCUGAGAGUGAAGAACGCCGUCUACUGCGCCGUUAUCUUCUGCGAGUUCCUCAAAGAGCUGGCGGCUUUGGCCCAAGAGCACGCCGUCACUCUGCCCUUCCCUCAGAGCCAGGAGGCAGAGGAAUAGACGGAUUUAUUUUAGCGUCCUGGCCUCGUUUUCAUCAUGUUCAGGCUGUAAAAAGAGUUAUAUAGAAUUCUCCCAUCACCAGAGGACAGACUGGAGCACUGAGACUUCUCCGCCAGCAAAGUGAAUUGACUCCAAGAGGGAACACGGUGACACUUUUGUACCAAAAUUAUUAUAGGACACCUAUAGGACUGGAAGAUUUUUUCCUCAUCUGUAAACAUAUUGUGCAUAUCAUGUAUUAUAUUUACAUUCUAUACACAGAAAAUCUCAGUAAAUACUGGAGAUUUGGGAGCUUGUAUAUACACGUACCAUGUCGUGGUAUAAUGUGACACUGUAAAGCCACAGGUAAAAGAAGUAGGUGCACACAUCGGUGCUAGGGGUUUUUCUUUUAAGCUGAAAGGGUGCUUUCAGGUGGCACAAAAGGAAAAAGGUUUAAUCCACAACAGAAUUUAAGACAAACACCAAAAAAAAAAAAAAGAAAGAAAUUUGUUUUGCAAGAAAACAUUGAAAGUGUAGGCGGGUCAAUCAGCAGCAAAGUGACCCAAUCAUUUCAAAACAUCUCUGCUUCAACAAGCCUCGCUUUCACCGGAGCUUUUCAUCCUCCGUCAAGGACUGGUCAAAAGAAAAAAAAAGAAAAAAGAAAUGUUCCCGGUAACACUGGAGCGCCACGAGUGUCCAUUUACUUUAACAAAAAAAAAAAAAAGGCUGCACUGUUGGAAAUGCUCGAUGAAUGAGAACUGGAAACGCAGAGGUUGUGGGAGAAUCAGCAGGAUCGCCACAAAUGUACUGGAAAACUUUUGGGUAAUUAAUGCCAUUAAGGUUUUUUUUUUUUUUUUUUUUUCUUUGUCUUUUGAAUUUGCACCAUUUUCUAGACAUAUCAGCAACAUGUGGGAGCAGGUGUGUCUGUCAUUGUGUGUGUGUGCGUGUGUGUGAUUGAUUUAAAAUGAAUGACUCCUUUCCAAAAGGUGACACCAACUCUUCAGGCCAUUAUUAAGCCAUUCACCUGUUGCCAUAAAAGAGGCCGUGGGAUAGAAGAAAAAAAAAAAAAGGCUGCACUGCUUUACGAGUCAAACCUUUUGUGUGUCAUUAAGUCUUUUUAAAAAUAUUUUUUUAAAGAGCGUCGGCUUGAUUUCUAUUGAAUUUGUCAAGAAAAAAACAAAACAAAGGAUCCUAACAGGUCUUAGUUUAUGAUGUAUCUCCAUCUUUCUUCUUCAUCUUAGUUUUACUUUCUUUUGAUAUAUGAACAAACAUCCGUUGGUCUUGGAAAUUAACAUGCUGCUAUUUUUUUCCUUUUUCUUUGAAAAACAAAACACUAACUCGUUGUAUCAUCAGCCAAAUAGCUACUAUCUUUAUUUCUAUGUUAGGUACCAAGUAUAAAUGUGCACGGGAGGAUAUGGAGGAGUCGAUUGUGGUUUAAUUUAUAUUCUGAGGUCGAAUGAAGUCACAGCCACAAAGUGUUAAAAGCCAAUUACGAAAUAUUGACUUUUUUCUUUAAAUUGUUGCUUGAAUUGUUAAAGGUCUGAAAUUUCUUCUUUUCUUCCAGUUAUUCUCUGCAGGAAGUUAAUAAGAAGUUACAGACCUGUAAAAUGAUGAAUUACUUGUAUGAGUGAAGUGUUGAAUGGUCCUACGACCCAGCUUCUUAUCAACUAAAGUGUUUUAUCAUUUUAAUUUUUUUUGCACGUACUAGCCGUUCUGACUCAAACUGCCUGCCAUCCUGCGAAGUCUUAUCUCUGAAACUUUUGUACGUUUUAUUUUUUUUUUCUCCACGACAUUUUCAUCUUUUUUUUUUCAGCAAGUUGAGGCCUUCGUUCAACUUGUCCAAGCCAUAGCAGCAGCAGCAGCAGCAGCAGCGGCCGCCGCCGUCAUGUUUGUAAAUGUUCCGUCACGGCUGUGCGUCACUUUUCUAUGAAUUUCUAGACACAUUUCGUAACGACCCAUAGUUUUUUAAAGAAAAUAGUUCAAAAGUUUCUGCAUGCCAGGUUUAUAAGUGAUAGUCGAAUAGUGUUUUGGUUCGUGAAGUCGUACUGAGCUCGAAUUAACUUCCACGCUGUAGGUUUUAGUGGUUUAGUGAGUCAUCCCGUCGCCUGCGGAGAAUCUGCGGCGACAGGUUUCACACUGAAUGUUUGCUCUCGGCUAAUUCAAAUAGGAAAGAAAAAACUAAAAAAAAACUAAAAAAAAAAAAGCUUCUGUACUUUUUACCCACUGCCGUCCUUCCAUCUGUUCACCUCGUCUGCUGCACAUCUGUGUGUUUGGGGCAAAAGUCCCUCUUCAGGUUCCACUUCUCCUGUUCAUCAUCUUCUUCUUCUUCUUCAAGUCAAGAUUGUGUUUCGUCUUUUUUCGAGCUAUUUUUAAAGAGAUUUUCUCAGCUCCUCAGUGCUCUCUCUCUCUCUCUCAUGCAGCUACAGUCAGUUUUCCGUGACGCGUUCAUGAACACCAAAGACAAUCUGCCGAACCACACCUGAAACUCAAGACGCCCGUUUAAGCACUCGUAGGCGGUUUAAUUUAAUGGCACACGAUCCGAACACACUGUCAUAAACCUCAUCCACUUAGCACUUCUUUAUGAGUGCUUUCAAUGUAGAAGGUGCCAUUUAGAAAAAAGGUGCCAAUUUAAUUUGAGGCUGUGUCCUAAUUAAAAAGGGAGCUUCUCAGUAACGCUGAGUUGCAGGAUUUUGGCAUUUCUUUUUUUAAUUUUUUGGCAUUAUAGCUCGUUUACACCAGUAAUUGAUUUAAUUUGUAUGUAUACAAAAAAAGUCCAGCAAGUUUGCAAGGUGGUGUAUUGUUUUUUUUUUUUUUUUUUUAAUAUAAAUAUACAAAGGGAUCACUUCCUACCAGGGACACUGACGUCUUCCCACAUCUGUCAAACUGGAAGCAGAGCUUAAUUUAAUGCAACGCUCACAGGGAAAUAAAACAAGACAGUUUGACAAAUAUAGUCAAGGCUUUGUGGUCGUUGUGAUGGAUUACUUUAUGGCUUUAUGGGAGCUGGCUUUCUCCGCUGGUGGGAAAAAAUAAAAUAAAAAAACACUCCCACCCGUUCAGGCACUAGCAGGGAUCGUGGGCACAGCCUGAUUUAAAUUUGAUGAUUUAAAUUUACAUUAACGAAAGUGAUAUUUGCCUUUGAAAGCAACUGACGGAACAGUUCGACACGUGCGAUCUGUUAACUGUGACGAGUUAAGGCCUUAGAAAAGACUCUUAUUUUGAAAGGUGGUUGCUGCUUCCUAAAUGACUCCGAACACGUUCGCUCGAUCAAAUGUUGAUUUUCUGACUCUGACUCUGUCUGACAACAAUGUUGAGUGGUUAAACCCAAAGCUAAGAAAAGUUGUAAUGUCACAGAUUGUGUAAUGUUUUUUGUUUGUUUUUUGUCAUCAUUAAACACUACAGUCGAUCAGAUAAUGAUUUAAAAACAUAACAUUUUGAGAUUAAAAAUCGUGCUUUAGAUUUGGAGCUUGUAUCAUGUUAUGUUCAGUUCCUGUGUUGUGUUGCGUUCCAGGGCACAUGGAAACCGCGAGCCAAAGUCACCGACUUUUAUUUUGAAGAAUCAGCAAAGCCAAUAAAUCAAAACUAAAGAUUCCUUGAUGCAAACACGGUGGUUUUAUGAGCAGUACGAAUGAAAUCUCAUCUCGAGGGCCGAGAGUUUCCUGAACACGUUGUGCCAUGUGUGUGAUUUUCCGAUGUUCCGUGUGUUGAUUUGUUUUGCUCAUCUCUGGGCGCGCGGCUUCUGCAGCAUCACGUCUCUCAAAAGCUUUCACUUCUGACAUUUCCCUCUCCCCAACCCCUCCUUUUCCUCUGUGAUCUAUGCAAAACAUGCUCUGGUGUCCCCGGUUUGAAGCUGGAAGAUGAUGUGGACUGAUGUGUAAAUAGUGUAAAAAGAAGAAAAGACAGGAAGGAGUCAAAGCAGCGGGUCAGGAUGCAGCGGUGUGAGAAAUUAACCAACAGGACGGAAUGAAAUUAAUGUCACGAUGAAUGUUGUCAGAAAUAUUUUUCUAUAUUUUGAAAUCAUUAGAGAAAAAAAGGACAAAAAUGCAAAGUGGGAAAAGCUGUCAGAAGAACACUACAAAGGGAAUGUUUUUAUUAAUUUAUAAAUUCUUUGCCUAGCAAUA